AUGAAAUAUUUCACAUUCGCUUCAACUACAGCAUUAUUAGUCUCAUCAGCUUUAGCUGCUACUGUUCCAAGUGCGCCAUGGUCUACUUUGACACCAACAGGAAAGAUCCCCGCUGAUGCCACCACUGAUUACUCGGGUAGUUUUGGUAUUCAAAUUGAAACUUUUGAAGCAGUUGCUACCGAAUCCAUCAAGGAUAAAAGGGCAGUUGUGAAUACAUUAUCCGAUGGUCAACCAAAUGUCAUCACCACUUCGACUUAUCUGACUGCUGCACCAGUGGCACAAAUCACAGAUGGACAAAUCCAACACCAAACCACUGCUGCUGCUCCAAUUAAGCAAAUUAGUGACGGUCAAAUUCAAAAACAAACCACUGCUGCUCCAGUUAAGCAGAUAAGUGACGGUCAAAUUCAAAAACAAACCACUGCUGCUCCAGUUAAGCAGAUAAGUGACGGUCAAAUUCAAAAACAAACCACCGCCGCUCCAAUUCAACAAAUUAGCGAUGGACAAAUCCAACACCAGACAGCUGCUUCCGUGAUUAACCAAAUUGGCGAUGGCCAAAUCCAACACCAGACCGCUGCUUCCGUGAUUAACCAAAUUGGCGAUGGUCAAAUCCAACACCAGACCGCUGCUUCCGUGAUUAACCAAAUUGGCGAUGGUCAAAUCCAACACCAAACUGCAUCGGCAAUCAAACAAAUCAGCGAUGGCCAAAUCCAACACCAAACCACCGCUUCAGCAGCUAAGCAAAUUGGCGAUGGUCAAAUUCAAAAGCCAACCAACGGCACUACCACUGCUGCUGCUGCUGCUGCUGCCACUACAUUAGCGGAUGGCCAACCACAAUCCAACGGUACAACACCAAUAACUCCACCAAUUGAGGGAAUCGCUACUUCAUGCUCAUCAGAAAACAACCUUAUUGUCACCUUGCACAAGGGAUUGUUGACUGACUCCCACGGUAGAGUCGGUGCCAUUGUUGCCAACCGUCAAUUCCAAUUCGAUGGCCCACCACCUCAAGCAGGCUCAAUCUACGCUGCAGGCUGGUCGAUCUCGAAAGAUGGAUACUUGACCUUGGGCGACUCUGACAAGUUUUACCAGUGCAAGAGUGGUGACUUCUACAACUUGUACGAUCAAAAUGUUGCUGCUCAGUGUAGUGGCGUCAAGUUGAAGAUCAUCAAUUUCGUCACUUGCUAA